AUGCAAUAAAUUAUAUCAAAUAAAAUAUAAGGAAGACCCCUUAGAAGAGAUUUAGUUAUAAUUAAUAAUUAAGUUGAUAAAAUACUUUAAAGUCCAGUGCUUAAAAAUUCAAUUAAAUUGAAUUUAGAAAAUGUUCCAAGAUCAACAUCAGAAUAGUUUGCUACACCUUUAAACAAUAAUAAAUAAUAGUAUAAAAAUGGUUCAAAUCUCUCUCAUUUUAGUAAGGAUGGAUUAUCAUUUGGAUUAACAGAGAGAGAAAUGAAUUUAUGCUCAAACGAAAUAUUAGCAAUGCAGUCUCAUCGCAAGAAUUUAUUGGGGGCAGCUUUAUCAGUUCGAACAUCCUUAUAAAACUAGAUUUAAUCUCCCAAAUUAAUUGAAUUGAGUAAUUUAGAAUAUGAAAGUCCAAAAAUAAGGAAGGAUUUUAAAUUCAAAGAAAAAGAGUAUUAAACAAAUUAAGAAAUUUAGUAGAAAGUUGAAGAAAUGAAAGUUAAUUAUAUUAAAUCAAGUGUUACUCUUAAUUAAUAACUUAAUGAUAAUACAAGAUUAUUGUAAAAAAUUGAUGAGUUAAAGAAAUAACAAUAGAAUUUGUCUCUUAAUAAUUAGUUUUUAAACAAAGACUAGAAUAAAAGAUAAAAUAAAAAAGUAGCAAUGAACAUGAAGAUAAAUAAUAAUAAAUAACUAAUAGGCUUAAAAUAAUAGGCUCUUAUUGAUUUAAUAGCUAAAUAAUAGUUAAUUAUAUAAGAUUUAUAAAAAAAAUUAUAGUAUGAAAAAACUGAAAAAUAGUGCUUGAAAUUGCUUUGUUAAUCACCAAAAUCAGAACUAUAAUAAAUAGAUCUAAAUUAGAUAGAUAUUAGAAAAAGCCAGACUAAUUUUGAUUCUUAUAAUUGA